CAUUUCUCUCUGCUCUACUGGAAACUGGUAAAACGUGGAGGGAGAGAGAGAAAUAUGGCUUCGUGGAAUUCAACGCCUCUCGAAGUGUUGUACCAGGUUCUGGGAUGGACAGCUUUCGUCUCUUGGUCCAUCAGCUUCUACCCACAAGUCAUCUUGAACUUCCGAAGGAAAAGUGUUGUGGGUCUGAACUUCGAUUUCGUCGUGCUGAAUUUGACGAAGCAUUCGUCCUACUUGAUAUACAACGCGACCCUCUACUUCAGUGCCGCUGUUCAGGCACAGUAUCGUGAGAAGUACGGCUCUGGACAGAUGAUUCCCGUGGCCACAAAUGACGUGGGAUUUUCGAUUCAUGCCCUCCUUCUAACUGCAGUAACAUUAAUCCAAUUUGCAGUUUAUGAUCGUGGCAGCCAGAAAAUCUCUAAGAUUUCUGUGGCAAUUGUCUCUGCCGUGUGGUUGGUCGCUGCAGUCUGCUUUUUCAUAGCCUUAUCGAAGCAUUCUUGGCUUUGGCUGAUCUCCAUUUUCAACGGAAUUCAAGUGUUUAUGACAGUCAUCAAGUACAUUCCCCAGGCAUAUAUGAACUUUCGACGAAAAAGCACAGAUGGUUUCAGCAUUGGCAACAUUUUACUUGAUUUUCUCGGUGGCGUCGCAAACUAUGGGCAGAUGGCAGUGCAGUCCAUUGACCAAAAUUCUUGGGUCAACUUCUAUGGGAAUGUUGGGAAGACGCUACUUUCCCUGGUGUCUAUAUUCUUUGACCUGCUUUUCAUGCUUCAACGUUAUGUUCUCUAUCCUGCCAAGAAAUUGCCGGUUCAUCCAAAGGCAGGUAAGGGAACCGAAGACCAAUUGGCCAAGUCCACUGAUCAGUCGCCGUCAGAAUGCGUUUGA